AUGUGGUGGUGUACCACCAUAGGGGGAAGGGGGCAUGUUGGUGAUGUGGGGGUGAGGGAGGUGAGUGAGGUGAGGGAGGAGGACUUGGCGGCAAAGACAGCGGUCGAUGGCGGAUUGCAGGAGGCGCAGCCGGGGGGGGUAGGGCAGGCGCAAGAGAUGGAGGAGGAGGAGAUGGAGGAGGAGGAGAUGGAGGAGGAGAUGGAGGAGGAGGUGGAGGAAGAACAGCGCGAGGAGGGAAUUGAGAGGAUGGAAGAGGAGAGCGAGGGAGUGGGUAUGGAGGAGCGAAUGGAGGUGGAGGGGAGGGAGGAGAGCGAUGUGGUGGAGGUAGUUGGGGAGGGCGGGACGACGCAAGAGCAGGGCGGUGGGGCGUGCAGCUCCGAUGGCGUGUGGCCUUUGGCGGGGCCGACGGAGGGGGAGGAGGACAAACAGGGGCAGGGGGAAGGGAAGGGGGAUCGGGAGGGGGAAGGGGAGGAGGAUGUGGUUGUGGUGGAUGACAGCGAGGGGAGUGAAGGUAGCGAAGGGAGUGACGGCAGCGAGGGGAAGGGAGGGGGGGAAGGAGUUGAUGAGACAGACGCAGGCGGCAAGAAGAAUGGAGAGGGCGGUGCGGGAGGCGCUGAAGGGAGGGGUGAUGCGGCUCGGCGGGCGGAGGUGGGGCGAUUGGCACGGGUGGGGCAGGAGGAGAGGGGACUGGAGGGAGGGGCGACGGGCGGAAAAGAGGAGAAAGUGAAGGUUAUAGAGAAGGAAGGUGGGGAGGGAGGAGCGGAGGGAGGAGAGAUGAGGGUAGAGGAGAGAGGAGAGAGUGGAGGAGAGAGACUGGGGGAAGAAGGGGAAGAGGGAGGAGUGGAAGAGUGCGAGGAGGGAAGAGGGAAGCCAAGUGUGGAGGAAAUGGAGGAAGGGUUCGAAAAGGGAGGAGAAGUAGGAGAUGAAGUCACAAUGAAGGAUGCGGGCGGCGGGGAGGGAAGAGAUGGCAGAGGUGCAAGUGGCAAUGGGGGUAGCGGGCACGGCAAGGUUGGUGGCGGCGCGUCAGGUGAGGUAGUGCAGGGCGCAGGUGAGGCAGUGCAGGGCGCAGGUGAGGCAGUGCAGGGCGUAGGUGAGGCAGUGCAGGGCGCAGGUGAGGCAGUGCAGGGCGCAGGUGAGGCAGUGCAGGGCGCAGGUGAGGCAGUGCAGGGCGCAGGCGAGGCAGCGCAGGGCGCAGGUGAGGCAGUGCAGGGCGCAGGUGAGGCAGUGCAGGGCGCAGGUGAGGCAGUGCAGGGCGCAGGUGAGGCAGUGCAGGGCGCAGGCGAGGCAGCGCAGGGCGCAGGCGAGGCAGCGCAGGGCGCAGGCGAGGCAGUGCAGGGCGCAUGUGAGGCAGUGCAGGGCGCAGGUGAGGCAGUGCAGGGCGCAGGUGAGGCAGUGCAGAGCGCAGGUGAGGUAGCGCAGGGCGCAGGUGAGGCAGUGCAGGGCGCAGGUGAGGCAGUGCAAGGCGCAGGUGAGGCAGUGCAAGGCGCAGGUGACGAGUGGAUGGCAGCACGGUCGGGCAGACGUGUUGAGGGGAGGGGCAUGCAGGAGAUGGCGGACGUGGCGCGGGAGGGAGAGCGGGAGAGGGAGAGGGAGAGGGAGAGGGGGAGGGAGAGGGAGAGGGGGAGGGAGAGGCAGAGGGGGAGGGAGAGGGAGAGGGAGAGGGAGAAGGAGAGGGAGAAGGAGAGGCAGAGGGAGAGGGAGAAGGAGAGGGAGAAGGAGAAGGAGAGGGAGAGUGAGAGGGAGAGGGAGAGGGAAGGAGAGAGGAAGGUCGGGAGGGAAGGGGCGAGGGAGGAGCAACUACAGGGUGGGAGCGUGCGGGAGGGGGGGGAUGCGCAGGGAGAGGGAGGGGAAGGGGGGGAGGCAUGUGAGGAAGGAGGGCAGAGCGAGGAGCACAUGAAUGGGAUGAGUGGGGCUGUUGAUGCGAGCAAGCUGGAGGAGGGCGAGAUUGAGGGCGAGGUGGAGACGGAGGAGGAGGGGGAGGUGGAGAGGGAGGAGGAGGGGGAGGUGGAGGGGGAGGAGGAGGGGGAGGUGGAGGGGGAGGAGGAGGGGGAGGUUGAGGGGGGCGCGGACGAGAAUGAGGAUGGCAGUGGGGCCAGCAAUGGGGAGGCAGCAGCUGGAUGGGAUGGCGGGUGGCGAGGCGGUGCAGUGGUGGCGCCCCUCAGUGCUGGCGGGGCUGGCAGAGCCGCCUGCAGCGCGGCUCUCAAGGCGCGCAAGAGGAAGCGGCAGAGGCAGUGGCGGAGACGGCAAAGAGAGGAAGCUGUCAGACAUGGGGGUGAGCCAAGAGGAGGGCAGCACCGCGAGGCAGGAGGGCAGCACAGCGAGGCAGAAGGGGGCGAUGUGGGGCCGGGCCAGACGCAGGGAGCAGCGGGGCCCAGCGCGCCAUCCACGGUGCCUGUGGGCGCGCCAUCCACGGUGCCUGUGGGCGCGCCAUCCACGGUGCCUGUGGGCGCGCCAUCCACGGUGCCUGUGGGCGCGCCAUCCACGGUGCCAGUGGGUGCGCCAUCCACGGUGCCUGUGGGCGCGCCAUCCACGGUGCCUGUGGGUGGCGGCCGGGAAGUCGCCUUGCCCGUGUCCCCCUCGCCUGUGUGUCUCACUCGGCGCCAGGAGAGGCGGCGCAGGAAGCGGCAGCGCAUGUGGUUUGGAGGUGCCACCGCGUCGCUCUCCCACCCCUCCCUGUCCGCCAUCCUCUCACUUUGA